GGAGCAGGUAGCUAUGUGUAUGAGUGCCCUCCAACGCCACGAUGAGGACAUACAAGCGACAAACACAAAGGGGAACUACAUCUCAAGAUCUUAUGCAGAGGGCUGAUGCUGGAGCGGUCAUUGCGGAAGGGCGCAAACUAAAAACUGUCGCGCGUGAGUUAGAAAUUUGUCAGACAACUCUACAACGCUAUGUAAAAAAAAUAAGGAGUGGACGUACUGCGACGGUUGGAUACAGAUCAAGAGUAUAGUAUUUAAUGAAGAACAAGAGAUGUUAUUGUCGUCAUACAUUCGGAAAAGUGCCUCUAUUUACUUUGGUCUUAUCCCGAAGGAAGUUCGACAACUUUCAUACAUUCAAACAUUCCACCAUCUUGGCACAAAAAUAGCGAAGCUGGUAAGGAUUGGUUGACAAUUUUUUUGAAAAGGAGCCACACAUGGAAACUACCAGUGUGGGACGCGCGUCCACAUUCAACCGACAUAACGUGGAG